AUGUCCGGGCUCCUCGUCGGAGCCUUCACCGUCUGCGCCGCGCUGCCCGCCGCGCACGCCGCGCCGGUGCCGCUGCGCAUGGAGCUCGCGCCCGUCCCGCGCAUGUUCACCCCGCGCCAGUGCCACGCCAUGGGCUGCCUGAUCGCGGUGAACCCCGUCGAGUCGGAGAGCACGACGGACACGACGGGCUCCACCGCGUUCCCGAGCACGAGCACCCUUUCGCUCUCGCAGAUCGACGCGGGCGACGCGCUCCAGGCGAUCGCGCAGGCGCUCGGCUUCACGUGGACGGGGCUCGCGAGAGCGGACAGCACGAGCAGCAGCGACAGCACGAGUUCGCCCGACACGCUCGUCGCGACCUCGUUCGCCGCGGCGGUGGUGGAAGCGGAAGCGGAAGCGGCGCCCGCGAUAACCGUCGACGGGCUCGUGCCACCGGCAGACGACACCACGUCGGAACCUGCGACGAGUACCAGUACGGAGGAAGCGGACGCGCUCGUCUGA